AAAAUCUUUUCUUAAAUAUUAAAGUUUUUGUUGUUACUGUUUUUUUUUUUUUUUUAAAUUUAACAUAUGUACAUAAUAUAUAAUAAAAUAAAUUUUAAAAAUAAAAUAAUAAAAAAAAAAUAUAUUUAAUGCCACUCAAAUGUUUUUAUUACGGAAUAGUUUUUGGAAUAAUAUGAGCAAAAUUUACGGAAUUUCAAUAAUUUUAUUUUUAGCGUCAUCUGCAUCAGUUAAAAUAACAAAUAUGAGAGUACCCGCAGUAUAUAUGAUAGAAAGAAAGGGUGACACUGGUUCAAUAGUUUUGGAUUGCGAAUAUGAAGUAAAUCCUGUUGAAAAAGGUUUUGUUUUAAAAUGGCUUCAUAAUAAUAAUCAAAUUUAUCAAUGGAUCCCAUCUGGAAAAGGAUUUGCAAAAGGGUUUGCAAUGGGACAUAUGAAAACAAAAAUUGAAGCAAUUCAUUCAACAAACAAAAAUCACAACCAAAUUUCAAUUAUAAAACCAGAAUGGAAUAUGACUGGAGAAUAUGCUUGUUUCGUCCAAACAUUUGAAUCAACAGAUAGAAAAGUUGGACAUAUGCAAAUUGUUGUUGCAGAAUCUGAUUUUCACCUAUCAGCAAAAGUUAGUCAUGAUCCCGAUGGAAAUGGCAUUAUCGAUAUUAUUUGUCUUGUGCAGGAAGUAUUUCCAGAACCAACUUUAACAGUGAUAUUAAAUAAUGAAAUUUUAAGAAGAACUGUUCCAGAUUUGAAAAGGAACAAAAAUGGUCUUUAUAAUUUAAAAGUAAAAGUAAAAUUAUAUCGUAAAAUGCUUGAAUCGCCAACACCAAUUACAUGCAUUCUGUCACUUGCAGAAACUAAUUAUACAAAGCGAAGAGAAACGCUUUUUUAUGAUGAAGCCAAAACCACCUUUACUCCAUCUAGUGGAGAAGAAAUUUCUAGCGCAGUUUCGAGAUUUGAAGCAGAUAAAAAUUUUGGCUCGGAAACGCUUUCAAAAAUUUUAUGGAUAAAAUUAAUAGUUUUAGUGAUAACAGAAUAUAUUCUUGCCUAUAGUUAAUAGAUUUGUAAGAUAGAAAAUUAAAUAAAAAUAAAAAAAAAAGCUUGUAAAGUUUUAAUUUAAUAUGUAAUGAUUUUAAUAAAAGGAA